GACAGCAGACACCGGAGGAGCCCAGAAACAUGUCUAACUGUAAGAUGUGGAGCUUCUUGCUGCUGUUUACUUUAUUCUGCUCCAGCUGCCACGGCUCUGUGACCUGCAAGAAUAAUAAUGGCCAUGACGUUGACUGGUAUAUUUUAUAUAAGGCACCUGAAAUGUCUUCUUCACGCCUCACUGGUUCAGAAUUUCUUUACAUCGAUCCAGAAAAAAAGGAAAGGUUGAACAACAUCAACAGCCCUCAAGGUGUACUUGCAAGAACGCUUCAGCCUCUUUUCAAACCAAUCAGAGAAAUGGAGCCGAGCUUUGGAUUCAUCAGCUAUAGUGACCAACCUCCAGGAUGUAGCGCAGAUCCGAAAAAGUUUGGACACAGCAAAGGAGUUGUGAUGGUGGACAGAACCAGUACGGGAGUCUGGCUCUUGCACAGCACUCCACAGUUCCCUUUCAGAAGAGAACAGAGCAGCUUUUGGCCUCAAAGUGGAAACAAAAACGCUCAGACUUACAUUUGUGUGACAUUUAACUACGACCAGUUUAGUGCAAUAGGAAGACAUCUAAAGAAAAUCCAUAUAUUUCCAUUUGAACAUUAUAUUCCGAAUGAUUUUCAUCGAGAGCUUCAAGAUGCUGUGAAGUGGACAGAAGGAGCUACACCUGUCAUUCCCGACUAUACUGUUGAAUCCCUGACUUUUAGAAGGAAAGAGUUUAAAAUUUUUUCUAAAGCAAAUUCAGAAGAGGGAGAGGAAGAAGUUGGAGAUCUGUACAUCAGCAUUGCAAAGAACCUCAGGAGUGACGUGUACGCCCAGACUUGGGGCUGCCAGCGGGACCGCACGGAGGACUACUGUCCCAGAGAAGACUUUAAAGUCACCAACGUCGAAGAGUUAUCUAUCAGUUCUCUUGGAGCAUGGAAGCCUACGGCAGACCAUUCCAAGUGGUGUGUAGCUGUGGAUCAGAACAAACACUGGACCUGCAUCGCUGAUGUGAACAGGGCCAUAAGUCAGUUCAAGCGUUUCGGAGGCGCACUCUGCAUCAACGAUCAGCGGGUUCACAAUGAGUUUCGGGCUUUCACUAGACUUCCUACCUGUCGGAAGCGUCCUUACCCCCUACCACCUGAAUGUGGUUCAAUCUCUGAUGAUGGCAGUUUACAUUUUUUAAGUGGUUAAA